AUGUGUGUGAUUUCUCAACUACAACCGGGAGAGUUUGUUUUCUUGAAAGAACUGGAGGUCUUGAAAUCCAAGCUUCAAUUCCAGGAAACUAAAUUCCAAGCUCUGGAAGCACAGCUGAAGGCAAAACAAGAUUCUUCAACUGCAGCAGAAUUUAGACUAUUUAAAGACGGCAGUGCAAUAGCCUGGUUGGUUUCUACGACUCGUGAUGGAACAGGAAGCAUACAAACAGUGACACACCUUCACAAAGACCAAGAUGUCUGGGUUGUAAAGAGUUAUGGUGGCAGUACAAUUCGUGGUAACCAGCUGUCUACUUUCAGUGGCUUUCUUCUCAGAACCGAUGACAACUUCCAUGCGCAAUUACUGUUGCAGUCUGAUGGGUUUGCCUCCAAGGAAGAACUGGAGGUCUUAAAAUCCAGAAUUCAAUCCCAGGAAACCAAAAUUCAGUCAUUGGAAGCGCAGUCGAAAACUCAACAAGAUAGCAAAGCACUGAUUAGUUUCAGAGCAGGAUUUUCAUACAAACCGGUUCAAAUAAAAUUCAGCAAUGGUCAAACCGUGAUCUUCGAUGACGUCUACCUCAACGACGGUUACGCAUACAAUUCACGAUCAGGAAGAUUUCACGCACCAAUGUCUGGACUAUAUUUGUUUACCCUGGAUGUCUUCCCAACUUCUUCAGAAAUGGAGUUUAAAUUAGUUAAAGACGGCAAAGCAGUAGCGUGGCUGGUUUCUAAAAAUUCUGGAGGAAGAGCAAUCAUCGAAACAGCGAUACACCUACAUAAAGACCAAGAGGUGUGGAUUGUGAAGACCUCUGGUGGCAACGCCUUGCGUGACAGCCAGUUGUCAACGUUCAGUGGCGUUCUUCUUUCAGCCGACCAAGUCAGUCCUCUUGCGUGACAGCCAGUUGUCAACGUUCAGUGGCGUUCUUCUUUCAGCCGACCAAGUCCGCCCUCUUGCGUCAUGAAUGCUGGGAUAAAUUUUGUAAUAGACGUUCAAGUUAUUGUUCAUGACAUUUUACUGUCUUACUGUGUUUUUAAGUUAUCUAUUACAUUUAACUGUCACACCGUAUUUUCACGUUAUUAUGCAUUACAUUUUACAAUCUUACCGUAUUUCCCAGUUUUUAUCUAUUACAUUUUUCAGUCUUACCGUAUUUCCCAGUUUUUAUGUAUUACAUUUUUUACAGUCUUACCGUAUUUUGAAGUUAUUAUCAUUUGUAUUUUAUGCUCUUACUAUAUUUUCAUGUUAUUAUCCAUUACAUUUUUCAGUCUUACUGUAUUUUCAAGUUAUUAUUUAUUAUAUUUUACUGUCGUACCGUAUUCACAAGUUAUUAUCCAUAACAUUUUUCAGUCUUGCCGUAUUUUCAAGUUAUUAUCCAUUACAUUUCACAGUCUUACUCUAUUUUAAAAUUAUUAUCCAUUACAUUUUACUCUCUGUAUUUUUAUGUUAUUAUCCAUUACAUUUUACUCUCUGUAUUUUCAAGUUAUUAUCCAUUACAUUUUACUCUCUGUAUUUUCAAGUUAUUAUCCUUUACAUUUUACUCUCUGUAUUUUCAAGUUAUUAUCCUUUACAUUUUACUCUCUGUAUUUUCACGUUAUUAUCCAUUACAUUUUACUCUCUGUAUUUUCAAGUUAUUAUCCUUUACAUUUUACUCUCUGUAUUUUCAAGUUAUUAUCCUUUACAUUUUACUCUCUGUAUUUUCAAGUUAUUAUCCAUUACAUUUUACUCUCUGUAUUUUCAAGUUAUUAUCCUUUACAUUUUACUCUCUGUAUUUUCAAGUUAUUAUCCAUUACAUUUUACUCUCUGUAUUUUCAAGUUAUUAUCCUUUACAUUUUACUCUCUGUAUUUUCAAGUUAUUAUCCUUUACAUUUUACUCUCUGUAUUUUCAAGUUAUUAUCCUUUACAUUUUACUAUCUGUAUUUUCAAGUUAUUAUCCAUUACAUUUUACUCUCUUUCUGUAUUUUCAAGUUAUUAUCCAUUACAUUUUACUCUCUGUAUUUUUAUGUUAUUAUCCAUUACAUAUUACUCUCUGUAUAUUCAAGUUAUUAUCCAUUACAUUUUACUCUUUUUCUGUAUUUUCAUGUUAUUAUCCAUUAUAUUUUACAUUACAUGUAUCGGUAUUGCCACCAAAUAACAACCCCAAAUGAUAGUAAACAGUUUACAUUCAUUUGUUUUAAUUUGAGUGGGAUUUAGCUCAGUAGUGUUGUUUCACGCAUUUCCAUAUAGUGCUCCACGACUGGUAUAUCAAAGGUGAGCUGUCCUAUGAGCUGUGAGAAAGUGAAUAUAUAAGACCCGCUGUUACUAAUCGGUAAGAGUAGUAUAGGCAGCAUAUAAGACUCCAUCAUAUGUGGUCAUGUGGGAUAGAAAAAAUACAUUCUCGGUAGUGAAAAUUUUGACCUGGGACGAGGCUUACGGAGUCCCAUGGUCGAAAUGUUCACCACCGAGGGUGUACUUUUUCUAUCCCACAUGACCGCAUAUGAUGGAGUCUUUUUUUCUUACAUAGCUUUCUUUCAUGGGAUAGCUCUGUCCUUCAUACCUGAGGAUGAGACAAAAAGGUUUCUUCUUUCACUAGAUCAAGUGUACAAAAGUCAACCACCUAACAGCCCCAAUUAAUAUACUGAAAAGCACAAUAAACGUGAAGAUGUUAAUAUACGUGAUGCAGUUUAUUCGAUAAGGGGCCGUCCAUAAUUAAGUACAGUUUUGACCACCCCCUCCCCCCCUAAAAGUUUACAUCCCCAAAUGAAAAAUGUUGAUCGACAUUUUUCAUUUUCAAAACAAGUGUACGCUGGGCCCUUAACCCCCUCCCCACAUCCCGCGUACGGUUUGUACGCUCGUGAAAAUGUUGAAAAUUAUUGACGGUCCCUAAACGGACUGCUGCAAUGAGCCUAAAAUGUUCGCAACAUAUUGGUGAUUUAAAAAGAUACAAAACCUAAGGGGCUUCAAACUGAAUAAAUUUAAAGAAAUUAAAGAAAAAUAAAUUAA